AUGGUAUCAUUACAAGAAGCAUUGGAAUUGGUAAAGAAAGCAGUUGCUUUGGACAAUGCACAGAGAACACAAGAGGCUGUCUCUAUGUAUAGUCUGGCGAUCGAGCAUUUGAGACAGGUGAUCGACACGGCCAAGGAUCAGCAGACGAGAGACCUCAUCGUAUCAAAGAUACAAGAGUAUACAAAGCGUGUAGACUAUCUACGUGCCACAAUCAAUCUUAACAAUAAUGCACCUGCCACAUCGAUAUCCACAGCAACACCACCACCAAUACUUUCCACACCACCACCCUUUGCAUUCCCAACACCACCUCCCUUCAAUAAUAAUACAUCUCCACAACAACAUCAUACACCUCCACAAUCCAAAGAUCAAUUGAUUCAAAGUGCAUUAUCACUAGCUAAUAUGGCUGUAAAAGCAGAGGCUGAGAAUAGAAUAUCUGAUUCCAUAACAUGUUAUAAUGGAUGUGCAGAGUUAUUAGAUCAAGCGUCAACCUUGGAGUCAGAUAUUGAAACAAGAUUGAUGUUGAACCAAAAGAAACAAGAAUAUUCAAAUAGAGCAGAAGAGUUAUCUUUAAAGGUUAGAUCGAAUUCACCUGUUAAUUUCAAUAGUAGUAGUAGUAGUUCAAUGGAUUUACCUUUUCCUCAGGUUGCUGGUGGUGGUAACGAUAUGAUGUCAAGCUACAAUAAUAUAGAGUUGUCAGCAUCGUCUUCAGAGUAUAUCGAUAUGGCUAUCAACUAUACACAGGAGGCAGUCAAGGAGGAUGACGUACACAACUAUAGCAAAGCGAUUCCACUCUACGAGCAAUCGGUAUUCUACUUUAACGCUGCACUGCAAGUCGAGUCCAACGAGAAGGUGAGAGUGUUGAUCGGUGAGAAGAUGACCAACUCUCGUAUUCGUUGCGAAUUCCUCAAGAACAAGAUCAACUAUCAAUCGUCACAGGAUUCCACCAUCAACAACAUCCCAUUCGCAAUGAAACCCGGUGGUAAAUACAAAGAUCCAGUGCGUAAGAAGACCGUCAUGGAGCGACUAGUCAAAACAAUACGUGGUCCAAAGAAUAUAAGUGAUCACUGGCUGUAA